CAACAUGGAAGCCUUGUACAGCAUCCCCUUUACAGUUUUAGAGUGCCCUAAUCUGAAACUUAGGAAGCCGUCAUGGCUAAGACAACCGUCGGCAAUGUUUAUGUUUACCUUAGUUUUGUUAUCCUACUUUUUAGUCACAGGAGGUAUAAUUUAUGAUGUUAUAGUUGAACCCCCAAGUAUUGGGUCCACUACAGAUGAACGAGGAAAUUCAAAACCAGUUGCCUUUAUGCCUUACAGAGUUAAUGGGCAGUAUAUUAUGGAAGGACUAGCGUCUAGUUUUCUCUUUACAUUGGGUGGUUUAGGAUUUGUUAUAUUAGAUAUGACCAAUAAACCAUUAAUGCCCAGAUUAAAUAGAAUAUUAUUACUCAGUAUUGGAUUUAUUGCUGUUUUAAUAUCAUUUUUUAUGUGUCGUGUUUUCAUGAGGAUAAAAUUACCGGGUUAUUUACAAGGUUGAAGACAUACAAAACAAAAACAAAAAUUUUUACGAUCUUUAUUUCUAUAUUAUUUUUUUUUUUCAAUUAAUACAAAAAAUAAAUUUAUUUAAC